GACAAUGUCAUAAUACACACAGGUACACAUAUUCUAUGCAGUCUGUGCAUAAGAUGACAGCUUUUUAGUGCACAGCACUAACCAUGAAGCUGUUCCUAAUCGGAUUUAUAAUUUGGGCUCUUUUCAUUGUUUCUGGGAGCUCUGAAGAUGGAGUCUGUGGAAACAGACCCCUAGUGCAGGAUUUCCGUGGCUCCCGCGUGGUUGGGGGAAAGGAUGCGGAGCCCGGUAACUGGCCCUGGACAGUGAGUAUCCAGGAGGAAAUCGACAAAGAGUAUUUUCAUUUAUGCGGAGGUGUCGUCCUGAAUCCUUCGUGGGUUCUGACAGCUGCCCAUUGUUUUAAGGAUAUCGGCAAUGAAUAUUUUUCCUGGAGACUUGUGUUUGGCGCCAACCAACUAUCACAGAUGGGGACAAAGGUUCAGACCCGAAGUAUAACAGAAAAGAUUCAGCAUGAGAAAUAUGAUCCUAAAACGGAGAGCAACGACAUCGCUUUGCUUAAGCUGAACAAGCCCAUCAUAUUUGACGACUUCACUCAGCCAGCGUGUCUCCCUGCCAAACAGGCGAUUCUGAGUAAAAUGGAUGACUGCUACAUCGCAGGCUGGGGUGUCAUUGAGGAAGGAUCCACUGAAGCAUCGGAUAUCCUCCAGGAAGCUCCUGUGAACCUGAUUCCAGUGGAACGCUGCAACAGCCCAACCUGGUAUAACGGAGCUUUGGGUAACUACAACCUCUGUGCUGGAUAUGAACAGGGAGGCAUUGAUAGCUGCCAGGGUGACAGUGGUGGACCUUUGAUGUGCAAAAACCACAAAACUAAGUUUUAUGCUGUGGUUGGCAUAACCAGCUGGGGCUCCGGCUGUGGCCAGAAGCAAAACCCUGGAGUCUACACCUCGACCCAGUUCUACCUCGAGUGGAUCUUUAAACACCUCAACGACGAGAAGAAACCUGCAUCGAAAUCUCUGAAGAUAAAGGCCGCUAAAAAAAUCUGGCCAAAAUUAGCCGAAAAACUCAGCAAAGCUGGCAAGAAGACCAAUUAAUUUUAGAGUGCUCCAGAAAUAGAAGAAUCCAUCAAAUCUGGGCCAUCUCCUCUACAAGAGAGAAUAACAUGUCAGCGAUGAGUAGACUUGAUUGUGUUA